ACCAAAAAAGAAAACAAAAACCAAACAAAACAAAAACAAACAAACAAACAAACAAAACAAAAACAAAACAAACCUCAGAUGUCCUAAGAAAUUCAAACAGUGAAAACCAGCUGUGUUCUGCAGGCGGCAAGCGGCACGCGGCAGGCGGCACAGACAGCGGCGGGCCUGCGUCAGACCGUAACUACAGCAGCACAGCAAGCACGCGAGUCUGGCCGCUAACAGCAGCGUUCGGCAGCCAGCCUGAGCCCCUUUCACGCCCAGAAGCCCGGCACGUGCAUGUUUGUGCGCGUGCAUCACGUUGUGUCUGCCACCCGCCACUGCAGGCCCGAACCAUGGACGUCGGCGGCGUGUGGGCCUUGCGGGCUGUGAGCUUGAUGGGGCUGUCGUCCGCCUUCUACACCUUUCAUUAUCUUUGUUUUGGACUGUGUGCCACGUAAAACAUCUAUAUACAUAAAUAAAACUUUAACGGAAAUAAAAGAAAAAAAAAACUAAUCCGAAUCUGGACCACGAUGUGCGUGCGUGUGUGUGUAGCGACACGAGUAAUUAGAAAUUUGGAGAGGCGAAUUUCGACAGGAGUGAUAAAUUCUGUAAGGAGACAUUGAUGUGAAGCUGUAUCACCACGCUGGACAGCAGGACAGCCGGACUUCCCUUGCAGAUACUAAUACCUUGGUACCAACAGGCAGGUGAGAAGCAUCGCCGUGUAACCCACAUCCAGCCACCUUCGCAGACUCAGCCAGCCUGUCUUGGCACAAAGGGCGGGGGAAGCACCUGAGUCUAGUGAAAAAAAGCAACUCCCAUCCGCAGUCCCUGUCAGACGUACACCGACACAUCGGCUCAGACAGCACACCUGAGAAGGUCACAAUACCUGAGCAGGUGCUGAGAGGAAACUCUACGCCCUAUUGUUUCCAAAAGUGAGAGGAGAUUUCUAACGGCGUCCGAUGUCCCAGGGAGUUAAACGGAUUUCUGACAGCUUCGGGUUUUCUCAUGAAGUCAGUCUGUUUUCCAAUAAUAGUGAGAAGAGGGCUGGCUAAUGAUAGAAACAGGGUAUACAGUUAAUUUCUACUUUCUGAAGAGUGCAUUUCCUGCUUUCCAGAUUUCCAAGAGCCGGUCCUUCCCUCGAUGCUCUUAUUCCGACCUUUACUUUUUGCUGUUCUUCGAGGGUAAAGGAGCCAUUACAGACCCAACAGCGCUUGCUGGGAUCUAAGAUAAUUUUACCGACUGCUAAAAAGAUAAUGUUCUCUAAAUCGCAUAAACAGGUGAAAAACACAAAAGAACAAUGUCAGGGCUCUGUCAAAGGUUCAGGAGUUUAGAAACCCUCCAGUCUUCACUCUUCCACCAGACACUCCAGUGUAGCUGUACACGAAGAUGUUGAAGUUCUGUCACAAAGGCCAGUCAAAGACUUUUGAUUAAAAUUGUGGCUAAUGUGAUUCAGGGAAAAAUUAGAAAUUCAGUUUGUUAACUGUUUUGAUGAUGAUGUGUACGAAACUGAAUGUUACAGCCGGCUUGUUCUUGAACAUUUCCACUAUUCCACUCCAGGAAACUGUGUCAUGUGUCCGUGUCUACCUUCACAAUAUUCAACAAAGUUUAUGUAUAAAGGUUAUACAAUAUACCUAUACGAGGAAUACUAUUUCUAGCUAACUUGGGCACUAAAGACUAAUGAGGAUACCCUGUAUAAAAACAAUGAAUGAUAUCUUGCCACAAGUGGAUUUCUCUCUCCACCAGUUGUAAGAAAGGACUUGUUUCUUCUGUAAAGCUAGACAUGGUCUGAGGAGGCUGACUGAGCAAGGCAUGUUUGAAGACUACACAAAGUCCAGUUGUGAGCCAUGAAAAUGAUACAAUGAGUGAUUAAAAACCCACAUUAGAAGCAGCUGUCUUUAAUGCCAACCCCUACUGAAGCGUGAGCAUUAUUCACUGUUUGUUCAAGGGCUCGUGUGGAAGGCUUCCGUUUAACUCCAGCGAAAUAUUAACUCGCCUUGUAAACUUUGUCUUUUUUUUUUAGCUUUUCUGAAGCUUCUAACAGGCAGAAAAUUCACAAUUAACAAAGGCUGACACAUCUUGUACCAAAAUCAGUUGCGAUAUAUCAAAACAAGAUAAAAGACACCAGAGAGGGGGAAGGAGAGAAAGAGAAGAAGGAGAGAAUCAGAAUGAAUGUCUAGUACAAGUGCCGUGUACAUUAGUCUGGAGGCAAACUUCAACAAUAUCAAGAGGUACUUGAGUCGAAUCUCUCAAAGCUGAUUAGCCGGCUGCACAGCUCCUGCAAGAUCGAGCUCCAGACUGACAUCACCAUGAUGAACCGCACGUCCCUGACAAGGAAAUUCUCCUUCAACGCUGGAAGAAAGAACUCCCGCGACAGCAAGCAGCAUCCUCCAGGCACCAAAGAACUGCCACAGAACCUCCACCACCACGGCUCGCAGCAUGAGCAGCAUCAGCAACACAGUCACCACCACAACGGUCUGCAGGACAAGCGGCAGCACAGCAGGCGAGAGAACACGGAUGUGGAGAGGGUGGUGCGGGGCAUCUUCGGGGACGUUCCCCUUACGGACACCGAGAGGCGCUUCCUGUCUGCAGCCGAGACCGGCCACCAGGUGUCGCUGGAGCAGUGCGUGGAGGAGAACGGCAGCCUCAACAUCAACUGCCGCGACUACCUGGGCCGCACGGCGCUGCAGCUGGCUGUGCUGGGGGAGCAUUACGACUGCAUCCAGUACCUGCUGGAGAAGAGCUCCAUGGACACCAUCGAGGAGGCUCUGCUGCACGCCAUCAAGACGGAGAAUGUCAAGGUGUGCGACAUGUUCCUGAGCCACCCCAUGUACUCCGACAAGAGAACCCGGAUGCAACUGGAGUUUCAGCAUGGCUUCUACGACCAGGAGGAAAGCAGUUCCAGCUUUGCCCCGGAAAUAACCCCCGUGGUGCUUGCCGCGCAGUGCAACAACUUUGACAUCGUCCACAUGCUCAUCCAGAAAGGCUUCACCAUCCAGAGGCCGCACCACUACUUCUGCUUCUGUACAGAGUGCUCCAACCACAAGACCUUCGACAGCUGCUUCCUGGAGAUGGCAGUACUCUAUGCCCUCCUGUCUAUGACCUAUGACCUUAGACAUCACCUGCUUGUCUGUCCAGGUUUGUUCACUCGAGGUCGGCUCAACGCCUACCGGGGCCUGGCCUCCCCCGCCUACCUGUCUCUCUCGUGUGACGACCCCAUCCUCACGGCAUUUGAACUCAGCAAAUCCUUGCAAAACCUGGCAGAGACAGAGAAGGAGUAUAAGAACGAGUACCGGACGCUGAGUGAGUCCUGCAAGAGUUACGCCGUUGACCUCCUCGGUCUGUGUCGCUCCAAUGAAGAGGUCAUGGCGGCGCUGCAUGGCGGUUCCGACACCAGAGACCUUUCCCGCAUUAAGAUGGCCAUCCGAUACGACCAGAAGAAGUUUAUCGCCCACGCCAGCUGUCAGGAGCAUUUGAUGAGCAUGUGGUAUUCGGGAGUACCCUGGUUCCAGCACCAGCCUUUCACCAUGAAGUUGUUUCUGCUUCCCUUGGGCAUCAUGUUCAUUCCAGUAACGGCCAUCGUUUACGUCUUUCUGCCGUAUUCGAGGGUCGGCGAGGUGCUGCGAAGUCCCUUCAUGAAGUUCGUCAACUACAUCUGUUCCUACACCGCCUUCCUCGUGCUCCUCUUUCUGGCCACUACACUGAACUCUUCCGCCACCGGUGACCUUUUCAGCGGCACAAGGGGCGUGGUCAAUAGCCUCAUCAUCUUCUACGUCUUAGGCAUGUUCUGGGCCGAGUGCAAGCAGCUGUGGGAGGAAGGCAUUCGCGGCUACUUCAGCCAGAUGUGGAACUACAUGGACAUCACCAUGCUGGCGCUCUACACGGCGGCCUACGCCAUCGAGGGCGUCAUAUUCACUAAAGUCAGAUUUCUCUCCAGCCUGCCUCACAAGAUUGGCGGGGACAUCAGUAUGGGUGGGGAGAACGACACUAUCCCUGACCCUCAGAUCCUGUCGCGCGUGCUGUUCUCCGUGGCCAACGUCAUGAGUUUCGCGCGCAUCGCCUACAUACUUCCGGCCAGCGAGACCUUCGGACAGUUGCAGAUCUCCUACGGCCGCAUGCUGCAGGACGUGGGCAAGUUCAUCUUCAUCUACUUCACCGUCAUGAUCGCCUUCAUCUGUGGUCUGACCAGCCUCUACAGUCUCUCCAAUAACGAGAACUUCAAAGACCUGAUGCAGACGACAAGCACCUUAUUCUGGGCAGCCUUCGGGAUGGGCAACUCGGCGGCGCCAAACAUUGAGCAUGAAGGGCGACACCACAUGGUGGAACUGGUCGGGUACAUCUUGUACGGCGUCUACAUACUGGGGGCUGUCGUCGUUCUCAUCAACAUGCUUAUCGCCAUGAUGAGCAACACGUUUGAGGAGAUACAGGAGUGCGAGGACAUCGAGUGGAAAUUCGCACGCGCCAAGCUCUGGAUCUCCUUCAUUGAAGAGGGAACAACUCUACCGAUCCCUUUCAACAUCGUGCCCACCCCCAAGUCCAUCCUCAAGCUCAUCUACAGCAUCAGAAACCUCUUCUCUGGAUGUUCGGCUGAACGUGCAGACACAGAUGACAAAGACGGAGGCUUCGAGAUCGAUUACAAGGCUAUCAUGCACAAGGUGGUUCUUAGAUACAUCCACAAGAUGAAGUUCGAGAAGAAAGGAGACAGCAUUAAAGAAGAAAUGCUGGACGCCAAGGAGGAGAUCAUCGCCCAGACCUACAACCUGUUUACUUCCCUGCACGUGCGUCUGGACGCCAUGGAGCGACAACUCCUGGCCGUGACGUCCGACGUCGCCAGCAAAGGUGUCUACUCUGCCCACCCCACCUACAUCAACGUCACCACCUACGCACCCGGCGGCGGUGCCCGGAUCCCUGCCCCGACGACCACCAGCACCGCGGGGGCCAACACCACCACCGUGGUGAGGUCCACGUCGCCCAGCCAGUUCGGCCACCACACACCGCUGCACAUGACUCGCUCUGUGCCGGGUGCUGUCGCCGAGGUGGCGAUGACGUCAGGCCUUCCAACUCCCGGCUUCUACGAGCCGCGGCGUGAGUUUGUCAGUCGACGAUGGUCGUACUAUCAGGACCGCUCCCGUCGCUCAGAACGCUACAAGGCGUCUCCAGAACAAGUCCUACCCGAGCCACCCAGCACUCAUCGAAAAGACAGCGUGCGCUCCGACAAACAAGGACGACAGCUGCAGCAACAACAGGAUCCAGACCACCAUCCCCAACUAUACCGACAAAUGGCGACCACCAGCGACCAUUCGCCCCCUCGUCAGCAGUUCCGGGAAGACAACUCCUCUGUGCGGCGCCAGUCGAGGAGACAAAGCGAUUACUCUCCCGUGCGUUACGCCGAGGGGAAGGGCCAUUCACCGGUUCGUCUUCAGGACAGGCCGGACUUCGACGAACGACUGGUCGAGCAAACAGAGCUGCGAGAACAGCAGCCGAGAGAAAAAAUUAGAGACAAGAGAGAAAUACAGACAACAUCCUUGCAGCACGUUGAGGGACCUUCCUCAUCCCUCCAUGCCCACUUCGGCGGUUCAAGAUCGUCGAGGCUCAACCCUCUGCACGGAGACCAGGCAUCACAGGCGCCGCGGGCGAGUUCUCCUUCCAGUACCGGCCUUGGGAAUCAGAUGUACGUGCACCCCCAGCCUCAGCCUCCGCCGCAGUCGCAGCCGCUGCAAGAUUUCAUCCUCCGUCCUGACCUGACCCCCACACGUGCGCAGCGGCCAGCACUACGGCGGGAGUUCAGCCGCACCGAGCGCCAUUACUCGCGCGGAGGAGCCGAUGGGAAGGGCAACAGGAGCCCCAGUCUCGGGGUUAGCAGCGGAGGUCAGGGAGGAGCAGGAGGGGAGGACAGAGACAGGGCCGCGCGCAGCCUGACCCCUCGCGCCAGCCCCAGUGCCUCCCCACUCCAGCCCAGCCCCACGCGCGUCAUUCCACAAGCGCUGCACGAGGCGAUGCUGGCGGAAGACCACCACGCGAGGACUCAGUCUCUGCACCGGAACCACAACCGCAGGUCGUCCAGACGGUCGCCGGCCUUGAAGGCGCAGAGGAGCAAAGAAGUCUGAGAAAUUCUGCAGCUCGAAUUUUCUCUCGUACAUGCACCAGCACGACCUGGUCAAGCCCCAGGAGGUGCGAAGGAAGUGCGGUUUUGUUUUUCCGCCUCUUCUGUCGUCUGAUCUCCUCAAAUCCAGCUUUUCUCUACCACCGGGGCUGAAGACAUACUUCUGGCUUACAGUUGACGGCUUUGGUUGACAGGAAGAAUCUGAUACCUCAGCAUAUUUCUCACAGGUCAUGUCUGCUAGCCGCUGGAUCAUCAAAUUUACUAAUGAUGCGAGGCCUCUUGCGGAAGAGAGAUGCUCCAGCGAGGGUCAGCCUGUAAAGCAGCACGUCUGCUCAUCAUCAUCGUGCACAGCGAUAAAAUAACUGACAAUAGACGGCCGAUGGUGUCAACUACUGAAAAGAUCGGUUUCUUCAUGACGCCCUAGUUCUCUCGAACAUUUUGUUGCUAUUCCAUGCCUGGUUUCAAGAUUUUGAGUUUUGCUGGUGUUUUUCCAGAAGAAAAACGAGAAAGCUGACUGUGUAUGGCUGAUUCGUGACCUCAUCCCAGUCCAGAAAUUUGUUUCCAGAAAUGGAAAGCAGUACAAUACUCAGGUACUGUUCUGCUGCGGGAGGCCGCGCAGGUGUUGAAGACCCAUUCCAAGUGGUCUGCUGUCCUUUCACGAUAAUGCACAACAAAGGUUGAACGAUAAUGCUUCUUGUUGUUUGUUGUUAUAAUUUGUUUAAAUAUCCCAUGAACGCCUGCGAAGUUUUGAAGAGGGAAAUGACGUCCAGGAAACGUUAAACGCCCCAAGACGGAAUGCGGUGACGUGUCCACGAACAUUGAUAGCGUGACAUCUGCUGUCAAACCGUAUACACCGAAAUGGAGAGACUGAGAGAGAACAUAGGUUGCUUGAAAACAAUUAUUUACGCUAGAAGUUCCUCUGCAGUCUGAUAGAUUAUAGUUUAUCUGAUAGUUUAUCUGAUAGAUUUUCUUUUUUUCUUUUUGGCUUGGAAAGAGCGAGCUGUGAGCAGCCACCGUUAUAUGUCUAUCCUGUGUGGUAUCCUCUGUAAGCUACUACCUGCACAUCAGCAACCAACCAAAACCAAUGUUGACACACCAAAGGACUACUCAUUAAUUACUUUUUCUUCUUCAAAGAAAGACAGCGAGAAAGGAAUUUAAGCAAAUUGUUGUAGUCCCCCUUUUAUGAAAGCACUGCUUUUUUGAAAUUUUUGUUUUUGUUGUUGUUUACUUCGAUUUUUUUUCCGCCUAGACUGUCAGAAGUUGCGGUCGUAGAUAUUGCAUUUAAUUAGUUGUCUUUUAUUUCCAGCCUCGAACAAGAAAUGAAUAUACGUGAAAAUGUUUGUGAUUUAUAACUAUGCUCUGUCGUGAACGCUUGCCUUCUCAUGUCGGUGGGCGUGUUGUUCGGCAGAAGGAGUUGAUGUCGCUGAGCUGUAAGUAUCUCUUCCUGUUUAAAACUGUCUGUGGCGCUGGCACUGCUCUCCGACCCUUCCCAUGGCUGAUGACGUCAGCACUCCGACUGCUUUUUUUGUGGAGCGGAAAUUUUCUUGUUCACGUUCAGAUGGGGUCGAACGUUCACUUGCCAAAUUCCGACACCCAAGGAUACAAACCUGUCUGUGCAUGCGCGCACUCCCAAGUCCCACGAAUACCCGCACGUGUGUGCAAUGAUGGACACAAUUCUUACCUACAAAACAGACUGUGUAAUACUACUCUUUAAAUUCUCCCCCUAAACCGUCUAUGCACUGCGCACCUGUUAUGACAUCACUAUCGAUGGACGACUGUUGGGCUGUGGUGGGCGUGGUCGGUGUAUGCAAAUACGUCACUUCCGUUUACACGCUAACUUCCUCGCAUUUUAUACAGUUCUGGUCCAUCCCUAGACGAUUCCACUAUGUUUCUUUUUCAUCUUUUAGUUUAUAGUUUUCGGCAAACAUUACCUUUGUUGAUAUUGUAACCUCUCUAGAGAAAAUUGAGUUCUCCGAGCUCUGGCUAACUAAGAUGGAAUUUUCCGUCUUUUGCGAAAAGAUCGUGUCCUGAAUAAACUUUCGUGUUUAAUAGUUUCUUUCUUUUCUCACAACCAUAUAACUUCUUAAUUAGCUUAGAGAUUAUUAAGUUUGGAACAAUGAAAGUUUUUCACUUGUACCAACCCUGAACUGUAACCUAUAUGAACAUUACAGUCAUUGUUUAUAAUUGACAUCUUUCACGAGCAUUGUCAUGAGAAACUUAAUACUAUCGUAUUCUUAAGAUUUUGGAAAAAUAUUAAGAGUGUGAGUUUCAUUUUUCGAACUACUACCUUUGCAGAUUUUAGCAGUUUAUAGGAUCUGUUUUCCUAGUCUUCACUGUGUCCACGAAAGCUCUUUGCAAAUAACGUGUUUUGCUCCCCUCUUCUAUAUUCAUCUAAUCUCUAAAUGUAUGGAACAGAAAAAUUACAUCACAAAUCAUCAAAUUUCGUGAGUGAGCACUCCUCUCCUUCCACAGGUCUAUUAUGGAUUGCUUAAAUCGGUUAUUUCCAGUGAUUAGAGACUAGUACUGGUGAUCAAGGUAAUUGCCUGGGCGUAUAAAGAAAUGUGGAAAAUUAUUAACUUGAAUGUGAAGAUGAUGGCCUUGUAUUAUUCAAAAGGAGCUGUUAUAGGAACUGUACCCCGUGUCACUGAGAAUUUUACUGACCCUCACAGUUUUUGUCACUAAUAAAAAACAAAACUUUUCAAAGUUUUAACUAAUUAUCUGAAAUCAACAAUGCAUCUAGAGAAGUUGGUUGGACUGACCAUUGUCUCUAUCGAGCAUGACCUGGUACCUUCACCAAAAGUAACUCUUUUGUUUAAACUUAAAGCAAAAUAGAAUGGAAAUAUCUUUUUAAAAUUUUAUUGUGGAUUUUUCUCCAUGGUUGGUUUGCAGUGAUGGCGCAGCGUCUGUUGCCUAAGAGGCGCAGCAGCUCCAUCACUGGCCCUACUGGCAGCUUCUGAUGGUGUUUGCAACAGUGGUAUGCAACGGCCAUGUAUAUGAAUAAGCUAUCUAAAAGUUUGCAACAGGAGUAUUGUGUGGGUGUGUAAAAUAAAACUGACGACAAAGACUUUUUUGAAAGUCUGUUUAACAACAGGCAAAAGAGAAAAGCGGAUAAAAUGAUUUUUUAUCUGCAGUAUAUACAUUGUUGUGAAAUCCGACUGGUGCGCGAUGAAUGAAUAAGACAGCCAUCUUUGACUUUUCUGCUUAGUAGAAAUCUAUUAGUGGGGAAAAAUCGCGAAAAAUUAAUAAUCUUCGUGGACGAAUUACAGUUGAUGUUCCUUUUUCUAUUCCUGAAAGCUCCCGCAGAAUCCCUUUCAUAGUAGUCCACUUGUAUCUCUUGAAAAGGUGAAAUACAAUUAAAUUUUCGUGUAGCAUCUUAACAUCCCUGAGCAUGCGCAGUCAGCAUCACGGAGAACAAAAUCUCGAGAGUUCUCGGUGACGUCACGGACGUAUUCUCGAAAUGCAUUAAAACUUAGCAUCCUGCGGCUUUCGUUCUUCCUGUUCAGUUUAAACAUCUACUUCAGCUAAACAGAUUGUCGAUAUUCUCCAUACUCUUAUUUAAAAUCCACAUUUUUCAUAUCCUGGGUGGAGUACAUACUGUACAUGUAGAUUUGAAUGGUGCCAGCUUCCCACCCGUUGUUCAAUUACCUGUUGUCAUGGAAAUCUGGCUUCUGAAUGUGGAAGUGUAGGACUAUAUGCUCGCUUUCCUGCCUCUUUAUCUUGUUUCGAGCGUGCUUGCUGGAAUUUUUUUUUUUUUUUGACAAAACUGUAAGUACCGGAUAUUUCUAGUGCAAUAAUUAUAUCAAUAAAUCUAUCAAUACAGUUGUAGCUGUGUGUCCAUCUUUCAGUCUCAAGUUGUUGAUGUCCUUUGUCAGUGUGCACCUGUAUGUAUCCGUUAUUAUGGUGUUUAUGGUCAAACUAGUGAAAACAACGUUAAACCAUGCAUAUUGUUUACACAACAAAGCAAUAGAUUUAUUUCAGUUUCCACAUAGCUCCUUUUCUUCCACAACACCAGCACAAAAUUACAUCUGAAAAUUCAGGUUAGAAAGAAUUUGCUCGCUUUGCUUCUGUGAAGCAAUGUAAUAUUUGCCACCAUCCUAUCCCCGACACACACACACGCAAUAGGGGGAAAAUGCACAAAAAACAAUAUUGUUUUUUGAGAUGUUUGGAGUCUGUAAAAUAUAUUUUUCUAAUUAAAAGGUUCCUAGAGGAGACAGUAUAUAGUAACAAAACCCUUUUCUUCCUAUAAUGCACAAUAUUCUGUUUGUGACUAUGCAGUGAAAGUAUACUAAUCAUCGUCUUAAUACAUAUUUUUUCCUCGUGGAGAAGCUCACGGCAUUUACAAAGUGUGUACACAUAUAUGCUAUACACACAGACAGUUUAGUCCUUGUUACUCCUCAAGGAGCAUAGGGGCACAACACCACCUCGUCAGCAGACCCUGUUUUGGGCUGCCCCCCUUAGUUGGGUCCAUGUGGUUCCGACUUCCUUUGCCUCCCUCUCUACUGUUCUUUUCCAAGUCUGCUUUGGUCACAUACACACACAGACAAAUAAACCCAAAUUAGUUUUUUUCCGCCUAAGCUUUUAUAGUUGCUUAUCGUUUCGAAAUCCGUGAAAGGAUACCUGUUAGACACUUGUAGGCCUCUAUAAGGACUGGUGCUUACUGCUAUAGAUGAACAGAAUGAAAACAAAGAGUAUGUAGCAAUCUACAGCCUGAGCAUUAUGAGAACAAUAGUGUAAAGAAAAUGAUGGUAUUAGAAAAGCAAAUCAUGAUUUAGAAGGCACUAAAUGAGCCUCUUCCAGACUAUUUUUGUCUCUUAAAAUGUUUAUUAAUGGUAGUAAAAACCUAAUCAAACAGUUAUCAAGGUAAUGUGCCAAAAAAAAAAAACCCCAAAAAUUAUUUGGACAAUUAAGUGCCAAAUGCUUUAAUGCAAGAUGAAAAUGAAAAAAGGGACACAAAACACCAUAUAAAAGAAAUCAUCUAAAUAAAACAUCUCGCCAUUCUUAAAAAAUGCAUAGGUCAAUAUGACAAUGAAUUGCACACAUUUUCAAAUUUGAAUAUGAACUUAGAUAACUGAUUAGUACACUACUAGACUAUCCUCACACACUACAUGCCCACACCGGCUUAUGUUUAGAUCACUUCCAUAAAAAAAAUGGAUAAAGGGAAAGCCAGUGCACAUACUGUUGUUUCCUGAGGUACACAAACAUACACACACCAUAUUAUGCCAAACUUUGAAUUCACGGCUGUCAUAAUGUAAGUCAAAUAAAUGCAUACCGAUGUAAGAGUACAAAAAUUCUGGAAGCUUGAGUAUUAAAAUGAAGCCAUUAAACUGACAGGAUAACAUUCCAAUAAUAGCUGUCCUUUUGUAAGAAGUUAAUGCAUCAUCAGACAUCUCAUUUCUCAAUAUCUUUUCUCAGUAAUUCUGUUUCUUUUACCAAUGCUAUCCUAAGAGUAAACUGUUAACUACAAUCACUACUGCUGCCACUAGUUACAAAAAAAGAGAAGAUUCUGCGGUUCAUGUCCUUUAAUAAGCAGUUUGGCUUAUCCUUAUAAUUAAAAGAAUAUCAAGAAAUUUCGCUUUCCUGAUUUAAUACAUGAAAGGGACAAAAAUAAAUAUCUGUAACAAAAAUAUUUAGUAAGAAGAAAAUCAAGAAUAUGACACAAAUUAGUGCUGUUUUCUCUUCUGAGCUUGUAUCAAGCUUUCAUAGGUUUCUGAGAACCAAGACUCAUUCAUCAUGGGCUUCAUUGUAUUAACCUGUUCUUCAGCUAAUACGUUCAUCUUGAUUUCAGAAUGUGAAGGUUAAAAAAAAUGUAAUGCUGAUUUUCCUUUAUUUAUUUAGCAAAACUUUAGAGCUCCAGAAUUGAUGAGACAAAUAUCCUUAUGGUUUAUGAGCAGUUUUAUUAUUGGCUAUUAAGUUGUAAAUAAGGUGACCAGACGUCCUGCAUUAGGCAGGACAGUCCCGCUUUUGACCUCGUGUCCCGCCUGAAUAUUGGGCGGGACGCCCAAUGUCCCGCUUUCUGGCUUUCUGGAAGUCCAUCAAAUG